AUACUCCAAGGCACCCCCCCCCCAAGCAGAAUAGCGCCUCGCUAUUGGUCCACUGCUGCUAUUGGCCCUGUUCCGUCCCAGCAGACCGUUGGAAAUCCUGGGCUCCCCGGGAGGUUUGCGGGGAGGAGGAGGGCAGUGGAGUGGGCGUUGGUCAUUGACUGCACCAUUCACGGAAUUCUCUGGCCUUUUUCUGCGUCAUCUCCGCACUGCCGGUCGCCUUUCUGACCACGCCUCCUUUGCCAGAUCUUCUUCCAGACCCUGCCCCGCCCUCCAAACCUGGGGCUCCGGCUCUUUUCCUUCCACACUGGGCGUCCCUGAUUUAAUGACCCGGAUCGGUGCUGAUUAUUCUCUGCCGACCACUGCCCAGUCUCUCCUCCCCAACUGCCAGGAGGCAGCUUGAGGUCAAAGUCCCCAACCGAACCCUGAUCUCCGCUUCACCCCUGCUCCCCGUUACGGCAGGAAGGCGGUCCUCGGCAACUCUGCCACAGGUCUUGUGGAUUCCAUCUUUCAUCAAUAUCACCCUGCACCACCUAGUUAAUUUCACUCUUCACCAAUAGAGCUAUUACAACAGGUCUUGUGGAUUUCGCCUUUGAAAUCUCUCCAACAAUGCGCUGAGGUGGGGCCCAGCUGGAUUAUUGCAAUAGCUGGUGGGGAUGAGCGUCAGUUCCGCUCCAUGCCUGUCACCAGGGAUUUUCCUGAAGCCCAGCACCUCCCCCUACUUAAUAGUGGCUCCCCAAAGGAGACAACAUGUUCCGCUUGGCAUUCAAAGGCCCCUCCGACCUUUUCAGGGUCCUUACACCUGACUCUCCAUCCCUCAGCUCUGGGCAUCUCCCCGCAGUCCCGGGUCUGGAACGUGCUUCCCUCCUUCCUCUCAAUUCCCCUCCAAUCCUGCAGCUUCUCUUCCCUGAUGCACAGCGUGCACGCAAUCUGUUUGCCUGGAGGUUCCCCCAGCAGACCGGAAGCCCCUCGAAGGCGGGGUGUUCUGGCCUUUCCCGUAGGGCCGAUCCAGGCACCCCAAGGCCCUCAGUGUGUUAGGCAGGGAGGCUCCCAGCCUCUGAGUGUGCCCCAACCCAGGGACCUGCCAUCCCGGAAAAGCCGUCGGAGGCAGAGAAGGGGCUCCAGACAGGCCUGGAGGAGGUGGCCCCAGGGAGGGAGCAGGAAGGCUGGUGGGAGGCUGCCCAGAGGAAGGUCUCCGAUGGGCUUCGCAGCUUGCUAAGGGCGGCAGCCAGUGAGACCUCUUUGGAGCUCUUCCUGGAGGUCGAGGCGGCCCCUCAGAUUGCAGAGCUGGAGGCCAGAGCCAAGGCCCCCGGUCUUCUCCCUUCCCGCCCGGAACACACUCGGGCCUGCCUGCAAGGUAUCUCGGACUCCCCGUGGAGCUCGGUGGGCUGGAGGAGGAGGGAAUCCCCUAGUAGGGAGGAGAGAAGGCAAGCCAAAACCCAGGCAGCCCUCUCCUCUGCGUGAUAAAGCGAUAAAGGGGAGGAAGCCAGCCAGGAGCUGUCUGAAGCAGAAUUUGAACUCAGGCCUUCCGGGCACCCACUUAGCUGGCUGGACAGAGAGACUUCCGCGCAAGCGCAGCCCAGGACCCUCUCCCAAGUGCAGCUGGCCCUGGGGAUUUCCCAGUGGAACCAGAAGGGCACUUUCCCUCCCCUCCCUCUGGAGGGUCUCUGAAGGGAAAGUGCUCUGGGGCACCCCCGCAGGGGACUUUCCGGCGGGCCAUGAGGAGGGAGCGUUUCCUUCUCCGGUUACCAUGGAGACAUUUGCUCCUUCAGCAGCUCCGCCUGGGGCUGGAUGCUGCCCGGAGCCCAUCGGAGCUGAGGGAGGAUAAAGCCAGCCGGUCUGGGAGCCCUGAGCUCUGCCUUGGAGUCACCAUGGGGUCGGGGUCGGGCCGGGCAGUCACUCCUCGCUCCUGGACUCCCCGCCGGCAGCUCUAACCACUCCCCCCCCAGGAGCUGCGAUGCCACGGCCUGGCCACCAGGUGGCGCCAGUCGAGGGGCCUGGGCGCUCUCCGAGGUGCUGCCCAGCAGGAUGGGCCUGGGAAGGAGUGCAGGGAGUGAGCCCAGGGACUGGCCUAGGGUCCCUCCCUGCUGAGCAGGCCAGCACUCUCCCCGCUGUGGCUCCCCAGGGAGGGAGGGGCUGCCCCAGGAGCUUCUGGGUCGGGGCCCUCCUCAGGAGUGGCUGAACCCUGAACUCAGAACCUGAACCCGCCCGUCCUCGAUUCUGAGCAGCCUGGGUGAGUCUGACCUGGCCGCCUCCAAGGGACCGGAAGGGCUUUCUCUGGGUCUCCCUCCGUUCCAGACAAAGGUCCACUUUUCUGCCCUCCGCUCCUUUGUACUGGCCGGCUCCGUGCAUGCACACCAUUGAAGGGCAGCCCACUGGACACGGACGUCCAAAGAUGUGGGUGCAGAUUCUGUCUCCCUUCUCUCUGUUCAGUGUCAUCCAUAAAAUGGGCACAAUGAUCGCCCCGCCCCGUCCGAGGCAGCAGUCAUGAGCCCCCCCAGCGGAGGAGGACAAAUCCCACCCGGCCUGCCCUCUGGGCUAAACUCCCAGUAAUCCGCGCCGGAUUAGCCCAGCCGAGGCCAGGGGAAGAGGCAGCAUGGAGGAGACGCUGCUGCUGAACGUGGAGGGCGUCCGGAAGACCAUCCUGCACGGGGGCACCGGGGAGCUGCCUCAGUUCCUCAGCGGGUCCCGAGUGACCUUUCAUUUCCGAACGCUGAAAUGCGACGAUGAGCGGACGGUCAUAGACGACAGCAAGCUCACGGGCCGGCCCAUGCACAUCGUCAUCGGCAAUAUGUUCAAGCUGGAAGUCUGGGAGAUCCUGCUGACCUCCAUGAGGAUCGGGGAAGUGGCCGAGUUCUGGUGCUCCGCCAUCCACACUGGCAUCUACCCCCUGCUCUCGAGGAGCCUGAGGCAGAUAGCAGAGGGCAAGGACCCCACCGAGAGCUACGUUCACACGUGCGGGCUCGCCAAUAUGUUUGCCUACCACACUCUGGGCUACGAGGACCUGGAUGAGCUGCAGAAGGAGCCGCAGCCCCUCAUCUUCAUCACGGAGCUCCUCAAGGUGGAGGCCCCAAGCGAUUACAAGAGGGAAACCUGGAGCCUCAACAAUGACGAGAAGAUGCAGGUCGUGCCCAUCCUCCAUGGCGACGGCAACCGUCUGUUCAAGCUGGGACGCUAUGAAGAGGCUGCGGCCAAGUACCAGGAAGCCAUCAUCUGCCUGAAGAACCUGCAGACCAAGGAGAAGGCUUGGGAAGUCCAGUGGCUGCAGCUGGAGAAGAUGGUGAACACUCUGGUCCUCAACUACUGCCAGUGCUUGCUGAAGCAGGAUGAGUUCUAUGAGGUGCUGGAACACACCAGCGACAUCAUUCGGCACCACCCAGGGAUCGCCAAGGCCUACUAUGUGAGGGCCAGGGCUCACGCGGAGGUGUGGAAUGAAGCGGAGGCCAGAGCAGACCUGAACAAGGUGCUGGAGCUGGAGCCUGCCAUGCAGAGAGCAGUGAGGAGGGAGCUGAGGGUGCUUGAGAUCCGAAUGGAGGAGCAGCGCGAGGAGGAGAGGCGCCGCUGCAGGAACAUGCUGGGCUGAGUCUGGAGAAGGGGCUGAGGCAUGGAGCUAGCUGCCUGCCGAGCCUGUGCUCCCAGCACCAAGGCAGCAGGGGCGGGGGGAGGGGGGUCUGCCGAGCCUGUGCUCCCAGCACCAAGGCAGCAGGGGCGGGGGGAGGGGGUCUGCCGAGCCUGUGCUCCCAGCACCAAGGCAGUAGGGGCGGGGGGGGCAUAGUUAUGUGUAGUGUUUGAAAGCCCCAAAUUCAUUCUCAGGAUCCCAUGGGGGUGCACCCCGUUCUCUGGCCUUCCUCCACUAGGGAAGCGCUCCAGGAGCAGGGUGGCACUCUGUAGGCUGGGCAGGGUUCAGUUGCUUUGCUGUGCAUUCAGAAAUAAAAAUGAAACCAA